UUAGUGUUGCAGGGAGAGAGGCCUCAGAAAGUCACUGGAAGCUUCUGUAGUUCCAAUUUAGACGGUAGGUGAAAAUCUAAAGCACCCCGUGAUGAACAACCAAACGCCAAAGGAAAGAGAAAAGCAUCAAGGAAGGUUGGGAUUUUCUUCGUCUGCGGUUUCGUAACUAUGCGGGGUAGAAGUUACGGUUACAGUCCCUCGCCACCAAGGGAUUAUGGAAGGAGGCGGCAUCGUAGCCCUAGCCCUAGGGGUCGCUAUGGAGGUCGUGGUAGAGAUCUUCCCACCAGUCUUCUAGUUCGGAACCUUCGCCAUGACUGCAGGCCAGAAGAUCUGCGUGGACCUUUUGGGCAAUUUGGUCGCCUCAAGGACGUCUACCUGCCUCGGGAUUAUUAUACUGGGCAACCACGUGGUUUUGGAUUUGUCCAGUAUCUAGAUCCUGCUGAUGCUGCUGAUGCAAAAUAUCAUAUGGAUGGCUAUGUUCUUCUUGGAAGAGAACUUACUGUUGUAUUUGCUGAGGAAAACAGGAAGAAACCUUCAGAAAUGAGGGCAAGAGAACGCAGAAGGCGCUCUCCACCAAGUUAUUCUCGAUCACCAAGAUAUGCUCGAAGUUACUCCCGCAGUCCAUACUAUUAUUCUCCUCCUCCUAGGAAAAGACGUUACUCAAGGUCAGCUGUUCAAUGUUAUUGUUUUAAGCAUUUAUGUUUUAUGAAUUGUCCUGUUGAUGUUGCCUUCUGUUUUUUGUACAGGUCAAUUUCUCCUGGAGAUAAGAGAUAUAGAGAACGGUCUUACUCGAGCUCACCCUAUGGCUCAAGGAGUCCUAGCCGGAGCUUUAGUAGGAGCAGGAGCCAAGGUUUGGACUAUUCUAGGUGACUGAUUUGAAGGUGGCUGGGUUAGUAUGUAUCCGGAAGUAUUUCUCCACGUUAGUUGUCUAGAUGAUUUAAGUUUAGGUUUGUAUCAGCACCGUAUGAGUGACUUCAAAGUUGAUUGUUUAGUUUCUAGUGCUGAUUAUGGCUAGUAAUAAAGUUAAAACAUAAGCAUGCUGUUUGAAUCUUCUAUGCUGACAAUGCUUGCCAUCCUUAAAUGAUCUUUAUUGAGAUUUAAGUUUGGGAUUUGGGUAGGCCCAUUUUGUCUA